UUAUUCAUUUGCAAUACAUAUGAGCAAAUGACACUAAUCUACGUACUAUAAAAAUGUCAAAAAAAAAAAACAAUAAAACCUACCUAAGAGACAAUAAGUAGUUUGUCUCGGUCCUUUUUUCUUCUGAAAGAGAUCAUCAGGUUAUAACCCGACUCUCACUCUUACAAAUGUGUACUCAACUUUCUUUUGUAAGAAACAGAUGAGAAAUUAUACUCCCACAUUUUCACAUUUACCAUUUGUUACAUAACAUUUUCGCUCUAUUUUGUUGGUGAUAUUUACACUUUUUCUUAUUCUUUGUAUCCAAUCUAACUUGUGCAAGUAAAAAAAACGUAGAAAGUAAGCGACUAUAUUUCUUACGAGCGUAUAUUUUCCUUAUCCAUCCACCUUCCGACUCCCCUGUCCCCACAACCUCUCCCAAGUGGCCAAGUUCCAAGAGGCGGUCCACAAAGUCAGAGACGAAAAUGACUUAGAUGGGGUAUAAUCAUUAAUCAUAAAAUAAAUAAUGGUAUAUGCUCCAGACUCCAAUAAACUAUUCUUCUUCUUCUACUUGCCAAUCCAUGCCCAUCAUAAUUAAAAUGAAGAACGAAUGAAUGCAUAAAAUAUCAUUCACUCAUUCACUCAUACUCCUUGAACAAGUCAAAGUUGUCAUUCGCAUAAACUGGCUGCCCCAUCCAAAGUCAAUUGUCAACACUUUGAAUAUUUUACUAUAUGAUUCAUGUCUUCUUCUCUUUCAUUUUUCUUAUAUAAACCAACCCAUUUCCACUCAUCACUCAUCACACAUCACACACACACUCAGAAACACUCAACAACUAAAAAUGUCUUCCCUCCCACCAAUGCUCGCCACACUCGUGGUGGUUGCUUGUUUGUCAAGUGCCCUAGUCGCGGCUCAAAACUGUGGCUGUGCACCUGGUUUUUGCUGUAGUAAAUAUGGUUACUGUGGCACAUCAGACGCCUACUGUGGCAAAGACUGCAGACAAGGCCCUUGUACUUCUGGUUCAACUCCCUCUACUCCCACCCCAACUCCAAGCGGUGGUGGUGGUUCGGUCUCGAGUUUAGUGACCGACUCCUUCUUUAAUGGGAUCGUUAACCAAGCAGGCUCAGGCUGUGCUGGUAAGAACUUCUACACCAGGUCUGCUUUCCUGAGUGCUCUCAAUAGCUAUCCUCAGUUCGGCACUGUAGGAUCCUCUGACGAUAGGAAGCGUGAAGUUGCUGCCAUGUUUGCUCAUUACACCCAUGAAACUGGACAUUUUUGCUAUAAAGAGGAGAUUGCGAAAUCAACCUACUGUCAAUCCAGUGCACAAUUCCCCUGUAAUCCAAGCAAGCAAUACUACGGCAGAGGACCAAUUCAAAUAUCAUGGAACUACAACUACAUACCUGCAGGUAGAAGCAUUGGAUUUGACGGUUUGAAUUCACCAGAAACUGUUGCAAACGACGCUGUUGUUGCCUUCAAGACAGGAUUCUGGUUUUGGAUGAACAAUGUUCAUUCUAAGAUCACCUCUGGUCAAGGGUUUGGGUCAACCAUUCGAGCUAUCAAUGGAAUGGAAUGUGGUGGAGGAAACACAGCUGCUGUCAAUGCUCGUGUUAGUUACUAUACUCAGUAUUGUCAGCAGAUUGGUGUUUCACCUGGAAAUAACCUUUCUUGCUAAGCUAGUUUACACCUCAACCUCUAAUGGCUACAUUUCUAUCUAGUGUAUCUUUGUUACGAAAACAAAGGGAAUAAUUUGAACUCUUUAAAAGGGGUUUGUGUUUGUGUUGCAGACUUGCAGUCGGCCUCGGCCCUGCCUUAUAUUACUCUCAACUUAGUAAUAAUUAUCUAGUUUCUGUUUUUAGCAUGUUUCAA